UAUAUAUAUAUAUAUAUAUCUGGUUGCCUUGAACUCCUAGAAAUUGUAAGGAAGUUUUAUCUGGGAUCGAAAAUAAGGGGUAUUUGGAGCCAUUUAUUAUGGGUAAUGAAACACAUGGUGCUAUGAACCUUGAUUUGAAUCUGGGUCCUACUCCUGAGAUAGGGUCAGGAUCAGUGUCUAAUGAAGGUUUGGAUCGGGGUGGUUUGGUUGAUAACCGGUUCGAUCGGAUUAGAGAAGCCGUUGGGCGACACCGGUUGAGAUGGCAGCAGGUUCAAUUUCCUGCUGCAACUCAGAACCUAUCUGUGGAGUUGAAUCAAUUUACGGGGAAUUCGGACAAUGUGGGUAUGGUACAUACAGGUGAGGGCAGUAUCAUUGUGGAAGAAAGAGCGAGUGAUUUACCCAAACCACGUGAGAAUACCAAUGGAUUCUUGGAAGAUGAUGUCUCAGAAAGCAAGGAUGAUGUUGAGAAGGGAGUUAGAAAUGAUGGGAGUUUCUUCGAUUGUAACAUAUGCCUGGAUUUGGCCCGGGAACCCGUUGUAACUUGUUGUGGUCACUUGUUUUGUUGGCGUUGCAUCCACCUGUUGUUAGAUGUGCAUUCAGAUGCAAAGGAAUGUCCUGUUUGCAAAAAAGAAGUGACAGUUAAAACUCUGACCCCGAUUUACGGUAGGGGGAAAAUUGACCUUGAACCAGAAGAUGACUCAAGUCUUAAGGUCCCUCCUCGGCCCGCUGCAUGGCGGGUGGAGAGUUGGAGGCAAACUAUUCAAAGGACCACUUUAAAUCUCUCAGUGGAGGAGAUGGUUCUCCAUAUUGGAAGCAGAUUUGAUUUGGGCAAUGACCUGACUCCACGAGAGUCCAAUGGUGCCCGGGGAAUAACAGAAAUAGCUGAUUCCAUCCUUAACAGGAUCUUGACAUCUCGUGGUUUACGUGGUGAGCAAACUACAGUUGCAUCACUUGAUGUUGACUCGAGGCCUAGCAGCACAAAUGGUACUGAUGUCAUGUACUCCCGGAUUCAUUCUUUGUUCCGUCAAAGAGAAUCACAAUUACGAAGAGUUGCAAGACUUACUUCUCUGUCAUCUGCAUUGAGUUCAACAGAAAGGAUAGUUGAAGCGUAUAUCCGAAGCAAUCCGGUGGGAAGAAACCAGGAACAGCCAACUCCCGCUGAUGAUAGAGUUUCGUUCUCAAGCAUUGCUGCUGUAAUGAACUCGGAAAGUCAAAUGGACACUGCUGCCGAAAUAGACUUUGGAGUAUCGCUUUCAUCUUCAUCUUCCAGAAGAAGAAAUGAUAGUUUCCAGGUUUCAGAUAUUGACAGCAGCGACACUCGAGCGCAUAGAAGGAGACGACUGAACUAGGAGUUUGAGAGAUGAUCUUGUGUGCAGGAACUGCUCGAUAAUAGUUUUAACUGCAUUCCAUUUACAAAGAAGUCGGCUUCUAUUUUUUCAAUUUCUAGGAGGAUGAACAUCAAAGUUUCAAAUACGUUGUGCUUGGGAAAACAAAUUUGUAGGGGGGCCUAGAAAGAAGACCCAUCUUUACUCUCCAUGUGCAUAAACCUUUCAUGAUGCUACAGUUUUCCACUUUGAAUCAUUGUUUCGUAAAGAUGUGGGAGAGUUUAUUUUCGUAGCCAACUUUCUUAUCUGUAUUACGCUCAUGAACCAAGUAUUUUGUUUAAUAAUCAGUUCAUACCGAAACUACAAUUGAUGGAAUUCAGUUGGUUGGUCAUGGGAAGGGAGAUGUGCAGGUUCUCAUAAUUGAUCCCCAAAAAGUAUUUUGGGUCAGUACCUAUUGAAUAUUCAGUACAAAAUGCAUUUGACAAUCUCUUACCAAAUGCACAUUUCUACAAUAACAAGACCUUGGAUCUAUGGUUAAGUGCAUGGAUAGACCAAGGGCAUAA